AUGUGGGGAACCUACGGGUUUUUAUGCGCUGAUAAGGCCAUCAUCAUCGUCAAUGUGGUCGGUUUUGCUGUUCAACUCUCCUACAUCUGUAUCUAUAUACGCUUUACACAAAACAAGCUUCGCCCCGUCCAACAAACCAUAGCCGGAAUAGCCUUUCUUGUUGCACUUUACAUUUACAUCUCCCAGUUCGUCCCAACACGUGCCUCGGCCCUCAAACAAGUCGGUCUCGUCGCCAGCAUAGUAACCAUUCUGAUGUUCGUUGCUCCCGUUUGUGACAUGGUGCAUUGCAUACGAGCUAAAUCAGCCAAGACAAUCUCGGCCUCCCUCAGCAUCGCCACCCUCAUCUCUUCGUCCCUUUGGUUAUCAUACGGUAUUCUUCUUCAUGACACAUUUAUAUCACUACCUAACAUACCGGGCGUACUCAGUAGCAUUUCAAGGUUGAUAAUCCUCUGGAAGUUCAACGGACGUGAUGACGACCACGAAUAUUUUUACAUCUCAACGUCGUCGUCAUAUCUAUCAUCAUCAUCGUCAUCCUCACCGUCAUCCUCAGCACAUUCUUUAGUGUGACAGUACAUUACGAGAUGUAUUUAUCUUCGAGACAUUUCCGCGAUCCACGCCUCGCUACGCCUGUCAACACGCGUCUAAUAUGGAUCUCUCUACCUUGUCACACACAUUGCGAAAGAUGAUCAACGAAUUCCUUGAAAAUAAGUUGAAAAUGAAUCAUGGACGAUGAUAUUAUCCUAUAUAUUUUGUCUCCUUUUUGUCAUGUUUAUUAUAUCAUCCGCACAUGAAUUGCGAUAUUCUGCGUACAUGGAAUUAUGGGAUUACGAAAUAAAAAGAUUAUUAUUUAAGAAAUAAAUUAAUUUUUUAAACAGAAAUUUUGUGUUACCUGUUCAGCUCACUCCGUUUCUCCUUUUGUUGUACGUUAUGUGGGUGAUACGUUCGGAACUUCGAAAAUGAGUGUAAUAAAUCUCAGAGAAUAUGGACAGA